AUUAAUUUAUUAGAAUAUUCAAGCGCCUAAACAAUGUCGGACAACGAGUACGAGCGCUUUGAGAUCACCGACUACGAUUUGGACAAUGAGUUCAACACAAACAGACCACGGGGGCGCCACAGCAAACAUCAACAGAUUUAUGGCAUUUGGGCGGACGACAGUGACGAGGAGGGCCCCGGUGAUGGUGGCGGCCAGAAGCGUCAUGGCCACCAGGCGAAGGACUACACAAUGCCCGUGAAUUUUGUGGCAGGUGGCAUCCAACAGGCGGGCAAAAAGAAGAAAAAGCCACUAAAGGGUGAGGAAAAGGCCGGAAAAGAAGACGCAGGCGACACAGAAGAAGCCGAAAAGAGCGAUGAUUCUAGAGACAGUGGGCGUCCAGCCUUUGGGCAGAGCGAUCCAAGUUCCAAUAGCUCCGAGGAGGAGGAGAGACCUUCAAUGAGGAGCACCCAAGCGAAACCCUCGUUCAAGCAUCACUCGCACAUCGCUGGCACCCGGAAUGUGGGCGCCUGGGAGCAGCACACUCGGGGUAUUGGUGCAAAACUCCUUCUGCAGAUGGGAUACGAGCCCGGCAAGGGUCUGGGCAAGGAUCUCCAAGGCAUUUCGCAGCCGGUUCAAGCGCACGUCCGCAAGGGACGCGGUGCCAUUGGAGCUUAUGGUCCUGAGACAGCCGCAAGCAUCGGAGGCAAAGCGCAGGCCAUCAAAGUGGACGAGGAUGUGCGCGAGGCUAAGGAGUUCAAGGAGCAGAUGAACAAGUGGCGCAAGGGAGGCGUGGCAGAGCCCCAGGAGAAGGCCGGCAAGCGGUACUACUACAAAUCCGUGGAGGAGGUGAUAGCCAAGGGAAAGAAGUCCACGCACCUGCUCUCCGAGAAGCUUAGCAAGCAAUUGGGUAACGUCCCCGUUAUUGACAUGACGGGCCCAGAGAAACGUGUGCUCAGUGGCUACCAUGCCCUUGGGCAAACGAAAAUCACCCCCGAGGAAACCCUCUACGAUGCGGAGGCUGGUGGCGCCCCUGUUACGGUGUUCGCCAUGCCCGAACUGACUCACAAUCUCCAGCUUCUGGUGAGCCAGUGCGAGCAGCAGAUCAUUGCCAUUGACAAAUCGGAGCGCGAGUCAGAGAGCCAGCAAGCGGCCCUCCAGAGCGAGUACAAGAAACUCGAGGAAAUCGUCCAACUGGAGCAGAAUCACAUCAGUACGCUCGAAGAGGUGCUCGAUCGUGUGGAGCGGCUGAGUGAGGAUCCCGAAAUCACACUCCAUGCAGCGGAGAAGCUAUUCCUGCAGCUUCUGGAGGACUAUGCCGCCGAGUUCAAGGAAUUCGGUCUGGCGGAUCUGGCUGCAGGCGUCAUUGCGCCGCUUGUGAAGCGAGAGCUGGUGGCCUGGCAGCCUCUGGAGGAGCCCACGCAGCCGCUGCAGCUGAUCAAAAAGUGGCGAGGAAUGCUGCAACGCGAGGAGCCCGCUGGCCAACAGCCCCGCAAUGUGUUUGAUCCGUAUUCCUCGCUCAUUUGGGCGGGUGUGAUGCCCUCGUUCCGCGCCUGUGCCGCCGUCUGGCAGCCCAAGGAGCACCCGCCAAUGGCUGCCUUGCUGGAUGCCUGGGCACCGCUUCUGCCCACGUGGGUGCUGGAUUCGGUUCUCGAGCAACUGGUGCUGCCGCGGCUUGCCUCCGGCGUCUACGAUUGGGAUCCCCUCACCGACACGGUGCCCAUCCAUAGCUGGGUUCUUCCGUGGCACGGGAUCCUGGGCAGCAAACUGGAGGAGUCUGUGUACCCACAGAUUCGCAGCAAAUUGGGCGUGGCCCUGCAGGCCUGGUCGCCGCAAGAUCGCUCCGCGAGGGCCAUGCUCACCCCAUGGGCCAAGGCCUUUCCGGAGGAGGAAAUGGUGGACUUUCUGCAGCACCACAUCACACCCAAGCUGCAGGGAGUGCUCUCGGAGUUCAUCAUCAAUCCGCUGCAUCAGGACCUAGAGCCAUGGAACCAGGUGUGGGAGUGGCACGAGCUCAUUCCGCCGAUGCACAUGGCCAAGCUGCUGGACAAGCACUUCUUCCCGCGAUGGAUGCAGGUGCUCGUCAUGUGGCUGAACCAGUCGCCCGACUAUGCGGAAAUCUCACGCUGGUAUACGGGAUGGAAGAGCAUGCUGAAUGAGCCAUUGCUCCGAGAGCCCAGUGUCAAGGAGCAUCUACGCCGUGCCCUCGAGAUGAUGCACAGAGCGAGCGAUGCUCUGCUGCAGCCCACGGCAGCGCCGCCACCUCCUACACCGCCCGCACCGCCCACCGUUGCGGGUCUCCUGCCGCCACUCAUGAUGAUGGAUGUGGCACCGCCCACGCAGCUGGAGUUCAAGGAGUUGGUCUCUCAGAAAUGCGCUGAAUUGGGGAUUAUCUUUGCCCCCAUACCAGGCAGAAGGGAAAUGGGAAAGCAGAUCUAUCGAGUGGGCAAACUCUUUUGCUACAUCGAUCGAAAUGUGUGCAUGCUGAGCGAUAGCUCAUUUAGCAAUUGGCAGCCGGUGGCCCUCAAUCAUCUGCUGGAACGCACACAAACGGGAAUGUUCUAGAGACAAGGGACAGGAGCCGUGGUUGGAAAUAAUACCAGAGAUCGAUGGGUGUUGGACGAUGGAAGAAGGGAUGAUGGUGUUUUGAAUUCAGGAAUGAUAAUGGCAGAUAACAGCUUAAGAAAAAGUGGAAAUAUAGAGAAUAAAAUUCGAAGAUUACAUUGUUCCUGAAGGAUGUUCCCCUGUAUGAUUUUUUGGCAGUGUUCUGUGGCCUGUUCUUUGAGCUAAUAAAGCACACACCAAACAA